GGAUGUAAGAUUAAUAUUUUGGCAUAUAUAAAACACCAACUGUUAACUGCAACAUUUGAAUACUCCAAAACUUGAACUGUUUAAAGUUUUAUUGUUGGAUUUAAAAUGAAACAGUGAAAGCCAAUGAACCAAUGGAAGAAGUGACGAGUCAUCAAUCCUUGAACCUUCUUCAUUAGUUUUGCUGAUUCAUUGUUUCAGUGAGUUGAACAAAAGGAAAGUCGUUCAUCCACCAACAGCAUCGGUUGUUCAUCAAAAUGUCGAAGAUUAAACGUCUUGUAAGUAAAAACAAGCGUCGUCACAUUGAGGAUGGAUAUGACCUUGAUCUCACUUAUAUUUGCCCUAAUAUAUUAGCCAUGGGUUUCCCUGCUGAAAAAGUGGAAGGAUUUUACCGCAAUAAUAUAGAUGAUGUUGUGCGUUUCUUGGAGAAUAAACAUGGAAGCAAUUAUAAGGUUUAUAAUUUAUGUUCCGAGCGUACGUACGACACCAAGAAGUUCCACGGCCGUGUAGCAGCUUAUCCAUUCGAUGAUCAUAAUCCACCAAGGUUCGAACUGAUUAAGCCGUUUUGUGAAGACCUUGAUCAAUGGUUAGGCAUGCAUAAGGAUAACAUUGCUGCCAUCCAUUGCAAAGCUGGUAAAGGUAGAACAGGAGUCAUGAUCUGCUGCUAUCUCCUACACAGGCGUAGGUUCGCCAAGCCUUCCGAUGCACUUCAUUUCUAUGGCCUCGCAAGAACCAAUAACAUGAAAGGUGUAACCAUCCCGUCCCAGCAGCGAUACGUUGGCUACUAUUGGCAGCUGCUUCAAUCCAGCUUAACCUACAAACCAAAGACAUUGCUGCUACACAGCAUUCAGUUUGAAACCCUCCCUUUGCAGCACAAUGCCAGUUUAUUUUUCGUGGUAAACCAGUUGAAAGUGAAGCUCUAUACUUCUAACCCAGACCUUGUGAUACGAGGAGAUGAUUUCCUUAUUUUCGACAUGCCGCAACCUCUGCCUUUAUGUGGAGACAUCAAGAUUGAAGUCUUCAAUAAACCAGUCAUGAGGAAAGACAAAGUCUUCCACUUCUGGUUCAACACAUUCUUUGUACAGCAUGGAGCGGGUUCAAACCUCAGUGAGACCACUCCUUCUACGGGGAAAUCUAACGGCAACGCUCAGCAAUAUUACCGCUGUUCUCACUUACCCAAGGAAAAAGAUAUGAUAGUGCUGCCAUUCAACAAGAAGGAGCUUGACCGUGCAAACAAAGAUGAAGCAAAUAAACUCUUUUCUGCUAACUUCCGAGUGAUUCUCAUCUUUAGUCAGAUGGAUGCUCUUCCCACCGCAUCUAAGUCCCCUCUUCUUCAAGCAAUAUCGGGCCAGAAAUCUUCGGCCCUUCAACCCAGUGAUCCAUACGACCAAUACUCUGUCGGAACACCAGUGAAUUCCUCCAUAUGUUCCGACACAGAGAACGAAGAUGGAAGUUUAUCGGAUACUGAUGACGAGGAUGACUGGGAUGGAAUCGUGGAUGAAAAUGUCAUCCGUUCAUCAUUCAUGCCCCCCAACCAUAAAUCCCUACAAUAAGCCAUCACCCACAGCAGCCUAGAUGUUCCUAUAUAUUAUUCAGUAAAAUUGUGCAACAUAUUUAAAUGUUUUCCUUUAGAUUCGUUUGGUCUGCAUCAUUGUACUUAACUUUGUAUUUUUUUUUACAACACCUGUAAUUUGGUUGGUCAGAUUGACGAAUCAAUAUAAGCUCCUGCUGUGCAAUUCCCACACAUUCUGCUCCUGCUACCCCCAACCCAAUUUAUGUCAGGCUAUUUCAUUUAAAUGUUUUUGGAAAAAAUGAAAAUUCAACUCAUUUUCGGAUUUUUUUCAUUUUUUGGAAAUAAAUGAAAUUUUUGUUUUCAAAAAAACAAAACAAAUUUUUUUCUCAAUUUGCUUUUUUUAUAGCAUUAGCAGAAAAACCUGGAGUUUUAUUUUGUUUGCUUUUUUUAAAUCCAUGUAUCUUAUUGUACCUCUAAUUCAUUGUUUUAUCUUAUUUUGGAUCAAAAGUUUGAAAGAUGUACCCAGAUGUAUUUGUGCCUUUAAGGAGCAAGGAUAUUUACUUGCUAUUAUGUCGAAUCGCUGUUUGUGGAUUGGAAUCCCUGUUAAUUCCUGCAUACAUUUUAAAUGGCGCUAAUGGAAUUCCUCUCUCAUUUAAGCAGAAGUUCAGUGCUACGCCACACACUGCAAAUCCAGAUAUUUCUGUGCUUAAUUAAUAAGCUUUUUACCUGCCCAAUUUUGCAGUUUACAAUUGAAAGCACAGCGUAUCGCGGCAGGCCACAAACCUGUUAUUUGUUAUUCUAUUAAUCAAGACUCGUUUUUUUACUUGAACAUAGAUCGCCUUAAUAGCAUUGGCAUUCAAUUGUGUGUGAUAAUAUAAUUCACGUUAUGUCA